GUUGCAUCAAUUUCAAGGACAGCCCGAGCACAGCACGCGAACAGAAAGAGCUCCAGGACAGUAUUGCGUCCUUGAAGAAUCGACCCAAUUGGUUGGCUUGAUUGGCUUGAUUACAUAAAAGCACAAUCGCCGUUUGACAUCUUCGGAAAAUCUUUGAACGUAACGACACUACCGCCCGUCAUCGUCCUUCUGGCGUCGCACUACUAGACACAUCCAAAAGUCUAAUCGCGACGUUUCAAAUCGAUGGCCAGCAUUGACAGAUACCGACCUCCCGCACGGGAAGGCUACCAGCCACCCAUCAUGGCCUCUAACGCCACCGUCGCCAGCGCUGCGCGCACAUCACGAUCGCCCUCCAAGAGACGUGAAAUCCCACCCGCCGUGCCCACGCCACCACCGCCUCACUUGUUCCGCACCUCUCCCCCCCCUCGUACGCGGUCGCGCCAGCAAUCACAAUCGCCGCCUCCGACGCCGGCUACGAUGCUGAACCAAUGGUUCUUCAACCAGGAUGAGGUGUUGAGCAGUCCGAGCAUACUGGAUGGAUUGAGUCCUGCCGAGGAAAGGCUGCGCAGGGCGAAGGGUGUCAAUUUCAUCUACCAGGCUGGCAUACUGCUGGACUUACCGCAGAUCACGCUCUAUGUCGCUGGUGUCUACUUCCAUCGCUUCUAUAUGCGCCGUAGCAUGGUGGAGGAGAAGGGUGGAGUUCAUCACUACAACAUAGCGGCCACCGCCCUAUUUCUUGCGAACAAGACCGAAGAAAAUUGCCGAAAGACUAAAGACAUCAUCAUCGCUGUUGCCAAGGUCGCACAAAAGAAUGCCAAAUUAAUCAUAGACGAGCAGUCGAAGGAGUACUGGCGCUGGCGUGACAGCAUAUUGGCAUACGAAGAGGUCAUGCUGGAAAACCUAACAUUCGAUCUGAUGAUUGACAACCCGCACAGCCAGCUCUACAAGCUUCUCGAGCAAUUAGGAAUAAUCCACAACAAACACCUGCGGCAUGCGGCCUGGGCUUACUGCAACGACUCCUGUCUGACCCCGCUCCCGCUCCUCAUGGACGCUCGCGACAUCGCCAUAGCCAGCAUCUUCUUCUCCAGCACCUUUACCAGGCAGCGCAUCGAGGAUGUCAACAACGAGCCAUGGUGGAAGGCAGUCCAAGGCAAUGAGCCUCUCAUGAGUAAGGCUAUUGAUGUGUUGCGGGACUUCUACAUCGAGAACCCCCUCCGGAAACAAGAGAAUCCGUACCAGGGAAGUCCCGAGUUCAACUUGGAGAACACACGCAAAAACGGCGAGGGCUCUAGCACAAAUGUGACCCCACACGUGGACCGCGAUACGUUGAGUCCGAAAGACCGGGUCAAUGGUUCAGAUAUGACGGCGGGCAGCAAAGAGCCGGAUGCGGAAUCAAAAGCUGCCGAGGAAGCUUCGCGAGCCCUAGGUGACUCGGAUGCGAUCUUGAAGGAGGCGGCCAACGACCCCACGACACACCUGAGCACCAAUGGGAACGGUGCCGAAGGCUUGAGCCCGGGGGUUAAGCGAAGUCUGGGGGAAGUCGAGCCCCUGGCACCAGAGGAGACCAGAGAGGUCAAGAGGCCACGAACGGGGAGCGAUGAUGAUGAGGGUGAAGUGCACGAGUAGAUCUCGAUUUCAGGCGAAACACCGGCAAUAUCAAGAUACGGCAGGCCAAGACCCUCAUACUCAUCAAGCCCGGGCAUGAGUGCGGAAAUUUGGAUCGGAGGAAAUCCAUUGGCCUUGAGGCCUUCAGGCGUUUCGGCAGGACAUAUAAGGAAUCGAGUCCGGAACAAGGCGCCAGGGAUAUUUGCAUGCGUUGUUAAUAUUGUGUAUAGUUCUGCCUUGGCUUUGGAACCAGCAAUCUAGUCUCCUGGCUUUGGUGCACUAGGGGCGGGUGCCCUUUGACAAAGCAUCAUUUUAAGUGUAGCGAUAUACCAACAGGGAAC